AGUUUUGGGAAUCAUGAGCGCUACCUGGGUAACGAUUCUCAGCAUCUCGACUUGUGUGGUCCUGCUGAAGUUCAGUGAGAUCAGGAGCAAGGAGGUCUGUAUUCAAGAAAGCUCUUCGGAUGUCUCAAGCUAAUAUGGAAUAACCGAAUAGAACUGUUAUUAUGUGACCUUCACCUAUGCCAAUUGGACGGAUGACCGACCUCGGUUUGUUGUCAACAUGACCUUCUCGAAUCAGACUGGCAUCGGCUCAGUAACCACCAUUAACGAGGAGAUUGCCUCACCGGUGUCUCGCAUCCUCAUACUUCAGCACUCCGGUCGGGGUAAGCCUCGCACCAUAUACAACGCCUCCACCAAACUGUGCGACCUGCAGAAUGUCUUCAAUUCCGUACCGCUUUUUAAGCCAGCCAAGGACAACAUGCUUAAGCAAAGUAGCUGUCCUCUGGUCAAAGGCACAUACGCCAUGACCAACAUGCGCGUAAGCCCCAAGAACCCACUUCUGAGCCUUCUCUACCAACCGAAACACACGUUCUCCGUGAGUGGCGGCUUGUUUGAGGAACUUUCACGUGGCCGCAGGCUAAGGGCGCUGUCCACCUACUUCAUGACUGGAAAGGUUGUGAAAAAGUACUGUGGAUCCAAUGAAAAAAUUGACCGAAAUAAAUCAGCACAAGUAAAUUGAACAAGAAAUAAAGUAAUAAUAAAAUUUUUUUCCAACUAUUUCUAUGGCAG